AUGUGGUAUCUCCAAGCACCAAUCCAUCGCCACGUAAACAUUGCUAUCACCCUUCCAAACUUAGGACGUCACAUAAUUCAAGGCGAAGUACGUUGGGGAAACAUAACAACAAUCGAGGGCGAGUAUCGUCAUAUUCCAGGAUAUUGGGAAUGGGCUGAAGAUGUACUUGGUGGAAGCCAACAAACCCUGAGUACAACAAAGAUUUACGAUGAUGUCUAUGCCUCACUUUUUGCUUAUGAUCGGAACUCGAAUAUUUUGCAAGCAUUUUGUGAGGCUUGGUGCCCCAAGACGAACACGCUUCUUACAUCAGUCGGGGAACUAUCUAUCUCUCUUUGGGACCUACAUCUCCUUGGAGGUCUGCCCAUUGUGGGUUCUCCAUACGAAGAAGUGGAAAAGAAGUCCGCACGCCUAAAGUCGACACAUAAUCCUAAUGGAGUUAUUCCCGAGACAACUAGGUGGUCGAGUGAUCAAGAAGCUACAUUUUCCAAGCUUAGGGUGAGGUCUGACAAGAAAGAUGAAACAUAUAUAGCAGCAUUCCUAUCGAUUUGGCUAUGUGCCUUUGUGUUUCCCAAGUCAGAAAACUUAAUUCGUCCCGAGACUUUUAAGAUGGCAAGCAUGAUGGCAAGCGGGCGAAAGAUUAGCCUUGCGGUCUCAGUUUUGGCGAGUAUUUAUCAUGGUUUGAAUAAGAUUUCGUGUUCUUCCCAACUUGAUCAGGUCAAAGUUUAUUUUCCCAUCCAUUAUGUUUAUGGCUGGCUUGCACAUUACUUCAAAAUCCAUUAUCCACUUGCUAAGGGUCCGUCUGUCCCUUUGAUGGUGGCAUACUCAGGAGAGGGAGCUGCAAGGUACUUUGACGAGAAAGAUGCAAGAAAACGCAUCCACAAUGGGGAGGACAUAGUUUGGACGCCAACAAUGUUAACCAAUUCUCGUCUUUAUUAUUAUGUGGAUAACGAUGCCCCUCAAGAGUUGGAGUCAAAUUACUUCAUGAGCUUACGUUUUAAUUACCUCCCUGUGAGGUAUGAUAACUCAUUCAUCAUCAAUCCAUAUAGCCCGCAUCGGUUUAGUCGUCAAUUUGGGUUUUACCAGAAUGUCCCAGGAUUUUUGGAGAAUGAUAUCCGUAGCGCCUCUCUAGAUGAAGGACUCAGAUUUUGGAGGAUUUGCAUAUUGUAUCGGUCUAUGUCACGUGCAGUUUUUCCCCCAACGGGAGAUCCUGUGGAGAAGCCUUUCUCCACCAAUUAUAUGUCUUGGUGGGAGAAAACGCAUGGGAAGUUUCUCGAGAAUAAUUUACAAGCUCUGGUAGACAAUUUUGGGCUAAAAUCUACUACUCCUUUAGGAGGUGACGAUCAAAGUGUUGGAAAGACGCUCUCAAAAGUCAAAGAACCACCCACUCCUAUCCCAAAAGUGGUUACACAACAUAAAAAAAGGAAGCUUAAAUCCUCAAAGGCAGCUUUGAAAGAGGUGGUGUGCACUUCAAUAGAUAUAGAGAAACGCCCUCUGGUUCUUCCAUUUAGCACGCAAAUUCCUCAAGAUACAAGCCAGAGUACCAAUGGAGAUCAAAAUUGGAAAAGGAAACGACCUAACCCAGUAGAGAUCGUAGAGGUUCCAAGUGUUGAUAGUCUCUCAAGAACGCAUACGGCUUGUAACAAGGAGUUAAAUUCCAAUGGGCAUCCGGUGGUAUCCCCAAAUGACAAGCCGCAGGUGAUUUAUGAAUCUAUUGGAGGGCCUACGUCUAAAGUGAAGUCAUCUUCAAAGGCAUCAUCUCUUCCUCAUUUUUCUGCUGCUUCGCAGUUGCGUGACUUGGACCGCAGAAGAGGAAAGGCUGAGGAAGGCUUGGAACCGCAGAUGCGGAAGAAGGGCCGCACCUGCGCAUCCACAAAUGCGGCAAUUUGA